CCGUUUAAUCUGUCACGACCUCUAAUAAACACACUGACCCAUGGGUGCUAUCACGUAUACAACGCAAAACAAAUAAAGGCAUGUGAAAAUUAGUAUAUACAUAUGUAUGUGUACAUAUGUGUGCGUGCUCAUAUCCUGCAACGCCCUUAUCCAUCACCAAGCUUUUCGGUGUGUGCAGUUUUGUUUACCUCAAUAAUAAAUCGCUUGCUUGCGCCUAAAUAUAUGUCACAUUAGCGGCGUCGAAGUCGAAAAUGGUGUUUACUGGCGAUUGUUUGCAUACCGUUACAAGUUUUGUCAUUUAUCAAAAUUAUGUACAACAAAAUUUGAACUUAGCCAAAUUUAAAUUUUCACGCAGUCCUGAAUUGUUUGAAAAGCCGCUGGCAGUUAACGUGGUUAAGUCGUCGCACGCGGUAGUAAAAAAACGGGCACUUAAAAUCGGAAAAUAUUGUGAAAAUUGAAAAAUAUUUGAAAAAUAAAUGCCAGCAGUGUAUUACAUACGGUUGCAGUUGUAAAUGUCUAAUAAGGCUGGAGAUUAAAGUUUUGAAAUUGAAAAUCGCCGGGAAACACUUAAUAUGGAAAUCAAUGAGUCAUCUUUGAGCGUUUUUUACCUCAGCAAAUUGUUGGCUUUGGCACCGAUUUCAAUACAACAAAACGCGAAAGGCGUAAUCGAGAUAAAACGUAGUAUAAUGUUCUCUAUAUAUGCUAUCGCUUUGGGCCUAAUAAUGGUCAUACUUUGCUACGAAGGCUUAUUGUUCGACGCGAAUUCUAAAGUUCCUUUGCGAAUGAAUUCUUCUACCUCGAGGGUGGUUACAGCGAUGGACGUUACUGUUGUGGUGUUCUCCAGUGUUGCUGGCAUUGGAUGUGGCAUAUUUAGUGUUACGCCUUCACGAGAGCUAAAUUUGCGUUUAAGAAAGUUCGAUGCCUCCUUGCAUUCAUUUUCAAAUUUCAAACGUGAUCGGAUAACAACCAGAAUAAUGGCCAUCAUACCGAUGACUAUAAGCGGAGCACUAAUAGCUUUCGAUAUAUGGACAUGGGUACUACAAAUAGAAAUUUCACCAAACAUGAGCUCAACCGCCAAUGUCAAGUGGUAUAUCCCGUUUUACUUACUUUAUUUUGUUAUGAUCGGUUUCCACAUUUUAUUCGCCAACACGGCAAUUGGACUCGGCAGACGGUUUCGCCGUUUGAAUGCAAUGCUGAAAUGUCAAUACUUGUCUGAAAGUAAACCAUAUAGCUUAGUGAGAGCGCAGAUUAACAACAUUAAAAUCAUACCUGACAAAGCGAUGUCACUACACGAAAGUAUAGACCGUUUGAACACGGAGUCGUUGCCCAAAGACGGUUUGGGCAAAACACGUGUUAUGCUCUUGAGAUCACUUGCAGAAAACCACGAAUCGUUGGGUAAAUGCGUACAGAUAUUUUCAAGCACCUUCGGUAUUGCCGUGCUGUGCAUACUUGUUUCCUGCCUGUUGCACUUGGUUGCCACUGCGUAUUUUCUAUUUCUAGCAUUGUUAAACCCAAAUGUAACCGGUUAUGCGUGGGGUCAGGUGCUGUGGAUUUUUUUACACAUAUUAAGACUGUUACUGGUGGUAGAACCGUGCCACAUGGCAACCUUAGAAUCAAAGAAGACCAUACAAAUUGUUUGUGAGAUCGAGCGUAAAAUGCAUGAGCCUGUGCUAGUUGAAGAGAUUAAAAAGUUCUGGCAACAAUUACUUGUUAUCGAUGUAGAAUUUUCUGCUCUCGGGCUUUGUCGCAUUAACAGAAAUAUACUAACAGCGCUUAGUUCAGCUAUCGCUACAUAUCUGGUUAUACUCAUACAGUUCCAAAAAGCAAGCGGUUGAGGCAUUAUCCUUUUAUUUUGUGAAUUUCGAGUUAAACCACUUAACAGAAAUAA